AUGGCUAUAUUCGGUCGCGAUUCCUCUGCUAGUGCAUCUUCAUCCAGUCCUCGUUCCUCAAUGUCGACUCGCUCCUCUAUUGGACACAAGAGAUAUGGAGACGAUUCAUCCCACACGUCCUUUUCCUCCAAAUCCUCAACAGGAAACACUCGCCGACGCAGCCUUCUGCAUCGCACACCUGAAGAUCCUUCGAUCAUGGCGGCUCGAGAACAGGUUGCUCGUGCGGAGACUGCAGAGCAAGAGGCGGAUAGGGCGCUCGUGGCAUCCCGAAGAGCGGUAAAAGAGGCUCGGGAUCAUGUUAAACACCUUGAACGUGAAGCUGCUGAAGAAAUUUUUAUUGUCGCUGACACGGAGGCCCUAAAUAGUGCUCGACUUGCAAGAAUCAAGCACGAUCAGGCCAAGUCUAUUUCCAAGCGAGCAAAGCCUUUGGGCCGCCAUUUGUAG